UCAACAUGGCUGGGGAGGAAAGUGAUGAGUACAAUUUUAAUAUGUGGUAUCAUUUGGUACUAUGGUUAAUCGUCAUCUUUAUAUGGUGGAAAUGGAGAGAUGGAGAGAAUUUAGAUGAAGUGGAUCCCGAAGGGAAGUACAUAUUCAUCACUGGUUGUGACUCUGGAUUUGGGAAACUGGCAGCUAUGACCUUUGAUAGGCGAGGAUUUCAAGUGAUCGCUGCUUGCCUAACUGAAAAGGGAGCAAAGGAGCUGAAAGAAGAGUCAUCAGCUAACCUCCAGACAGUGCAGCUGGAUGUGACAAACUCAGACAAUAUCAAGCAAGUAGCAGAACAAGUUAAAAAGGAAGUAGGACAACGUGGUCUCUGGGGCCUUAUCAAUAAUGCUGGUGUGAUGGGACCAUCAGCACCCACCGAUUGGCUGAGGAUUGAGCACUAUAGAGCACCCAUUGAAAUCAACCUGCUUGGCCUCAUAAACGUUACAUUAAACAUACUCCCAUUGGUGAAGAAAGCCAAAGGAAGAAUAGUAAACGUAACCAGCGUUGGUGGCAUUCUGGCAAUAUGUUCAGGUGGUUAUUGUCCAUCCAAAUACGGAGCAGAAGCAUUUACCAACAAUUUAAGACAGGACAUGAAGCCCUUUGGAGUGAAAGUGUCCUGUAUUCAACCUGGCUUGUUCAAAACAGAGCUCUCUGACAGAGUCCGGGUCAUAAAAGAAAAAGUGGCCAUUUGGAAUAGCCUUCCUCCCCCCGUCCAACGGCAGUAUGGUGAACAUUACCUCAAGGAAGACGCAAUAAAGAAAGAAAAAUUAGUCAAGCUGUGCCAGAAUUCAGACCUGUCGCUGGUUGUGAGAUGCAUGGAACAUGCCAUAAUGAGCAAACAUCCAAAGACUUAUUACAGCGCAGGCACAGAUGCUAAAUUCUUUUGGCUUCCUCUCUCAAAGAUGCCCACCUGUAUCCAGGACUAUGUGCUCAUGAAGAACAAAGUUGGGCUAUUUAAUCCAAGCUCAGAAUAAGAUCUCUUCCUUUGUUUACUUGGAGUUUCCAGGUGAAGAACUGACUGUACUGUGGCCAUUGUUUGUUACCCAGUUCAAACUACCAGUUCACGUACCUGCUUCGAAAGUUGUGCUUGCUUAAAUAAUGAAGAUAAACACUCCAAUGUUCAGACAAAUAAGCAUCCAGUAGUGUGGGUGAUCCCAUUUCUUGCUGGCAUUAAGACAAUAAUAUGGACUGUAUUGUCUGAUGGUUGUUAAGGCUGAACUAGCAGUUGCUGACAAAAAUACGCCUUAGGCAAUCAAUCAGUCAAAACUUGGAAAACUCUAUUAUGGCAGGACAGUGAAAUAAUUGUGUAUUUUAAGAGCUCAUUAGAAAGAAACAAAACACAAAGACAGUUAAAAGUACUAACUAUGUGCUUUGCAAAAAGUGGUGAUGUGCAAGAGCUCAACAGAGGCAAAACAAAAUCUUUGCUCACCCUUGUGUGUG